AUGUCGUCUGUUAGGAAGCCUCGCGCUCGCUCACCGGCUCUUUGUUGGGCUGGGAGCGGCAGCAGCGCCGGACAUGAAACGGUGAGCGACACGCCGCUGAUCCGGGCGGCUUCUGUUCGCUUUUUGGAAGAACAUGCAAUACUGUCUGACAGUGACUUUGAAUGUCCAGCACCUCAGAGAAGGAGAGUGAGCCAGAGACAGAGAGAGAGAGGGAGAAGGCCCAAUAAGGAAAACCAAGAAGGACAUCAGGAUGCCAAAUCCAGUGGCUGGUUACACCUGGAAAAAGGGAGAGUGGAUGACAGGCAUGAAGGCGCUGAGAACUCUUCUCCCGUGUCUGACUUGACGCCUACUGGUCUAGAGGAAGAUGAAAAUGUUGAAGAGGCCAAUGGAGAAAGUCUGCUGCAGGAUUCUGUGAAUCCAUCACAAGAUUUAAGAUCAAGCAAAGUAGUGAACAAGGAGGAAAUAACAGAAGUGUUACAAGCUCAUAGUAAAAAGGUGAUCACUCCGAGCUACAGACGAAUUUUCAUCAGUAGAUUAGAUGUUUGGACCACAGCCUUCCGAUACUUUCACCAGGACCGCUUUGCAAGGCACCACGGUUUGCUCGUGGUCUCAUUUGCUUGUGAUCUGCACACUUUUAAAAUGGAACCACCAGACUGUGGAGGACCAAGGCGAGAAUUUUUUCGUCGGCUUAUUAAAGCAAUCUUUGAAGACAGCGGAGCCUUUGAAGAGUCACCCAAUGGUUUUAUACCAAAACUGAACACCAGUCAUUUGGAAAAUGGAGUGUACCGGACCAUUGGAAAGAUGAUGUCCACCAUAAUAAUCCAGGGGGGUGAGCCCCCAGCACGUCUAGCACCUUGUGUGGUGGACUACAUUUUGGCUGGAGAUGUCCUCCAAGUGAAUGCUACACCUGAUGAUGUCUCAGCCUCUGAGCUUAGAGAAAUGCUGAAAAAGGUGGAAACAUUGAGCACAGAAAGAGAGCUGGAAGACACAGUGAAGCAAUGCGAUUCUUGGCGCUUUGAGGUGGAAGGUCUUCCAAACCCAGUUAAUAUGAAUACUAAAGAUACGUUUGUGAAGAAGGCAGCCCUCUUUCAUGUAAUCUUAAAAAGACAAGCUUGUCUUGAUCAGUUAAUCGAUGGACUGUCGUACUACGAGGUACUUCCACUUUUCAGAGAAAAUCCUAGCAUGCGUAUUUUUCUUGACAUGCCUAAAAUAAAGAAGGAAUUUACUGCCGAUGAUAUUGCAGGAAUGUUUAUGCCACGGUAUUCUAAGUUUCGUAGCAGAGUAGAAGAGGAGACGAUGGUGUUAAAAUUUCGUGAAUUUCUCGAGUAUAUACAAGGUAAAGAACUUAAAGAGAAAUUGUAUUUCAGGAUACUGACCAAAGCAGAGAAGACAUUUUUGAAAACACUGCGCCCUGUCGACAUUCUUCAAUUUGCAACAGGGAGCAGUACAAUUCCCACUCUUGGAUUCAAUCCACGUCCCCACAUUGUAAUUCUUUAUGGUGAUCAAACAGGCCUUCCAAAAGCAAACACCAGUAGAAAUGAGCUUCAGAUUUGUUUCAAUUUGUCAAACAUGUCAAUUUCUGAUGAAUUUAAUUAUUCAUUCAUUCAGGCUUUGAUGAAUAGUCCUGUGUGCCGAUAAGGUCCCUGCACCUGUAGCUGGAAUAAAGAAAUUCAACAUGUUGAUUCAACCAUCUGUGUUUUCUUUUCA